AAUACCCGGGAAACCGGGGUAAAUUUGACCUACUUUGACUCUAAAAUUAAUCUUUUUCUCCUGAGAGGUCACAGGGGCAGGUCGGGCUACCGUAACCUCGUGAAGAGGCCAGUAGGACCUGUAAAUAAACUCUGAAACACACACCAUCAAAUCAUACGUGUCGCCACCGUUGUGGUGGCUGCCAUUUGUGGUCGUUGGGUGUUUAGGGACCCCGCCUUAAUUCCAGAUCAGUUUUCUAGGAUAGGAAAUGCGAUUGCGAAAUUUAUACAAGAAUUUGUAGGGGAGGGUGUGGUAGCCAUGAAAGACUACGUACAUAAUGUGACGAGAGAAUAUUUCCAGAAUAACAGCGGCGUUGAGAGAACAAUUGUGCUAGCUCCUCCGGAGAUCCUCACGCCGCCUGGCAACAAGGCGGUCACUGUGGCAGAGCGAGUGGUGCUGGCUUGUUCUGUGGGUGGUGACCCCCCGCCAAAGGUCGUCUGGUUGAAGAACGGCCGCCCUGUAAAACUCAGCGACAGAAUCCGACAGCUUAACACUGGGUCCUUGGUCAUAUACGACUUUACAAAUACAGGUGGAAGGACAUCUCUUGUGAAAGCGAUAGCCGCAGCCAACGUCGACAUAUGUUUGCGAUUGCUUCUUAAAAGUAAGUGUCAGGGUGGGCUUUAUACUCUUCACUGAAUUGUUUUAAAUCAUGAGAUUUGUCAUACUUACAUUUGACAAUAUUUAUAAGGUACUAGUCGUUUAAUGAACUGGAUGUUAAUAUUAGACACAAACAGAUAAGCAUUACAUUCUUUUUUGUUUCACUAACAUGUAGAGUGGAGGUGCGGACACAAAUCGAGCCGUCUUUGUGUUGACCGAUGAAAAAGAUACUGUCUGGCGCGAUUCACAAAUGUUAAAGACAAAACUAAAAUCCCUUAAAGGUUUGUUAUGAGAAUGUGCUUUAUUACCUUAGAAGCCUAAGGUGAAAACACUGUUAACACUGCUUUAUAUACGAGA